AUGAGACGGCACUCCGGAGGGGCCCUAGACGGGGGAAGGGGGGGCUGGGGUGGUGAGGGGGGGGACGGCCCAGCUGGGGGUGCCGUCGUGAGGAGAUGGAAGGCUGGGGAGCGCUGGAGCCGUCCGCGGCGACAUGAUUUACAGGCAGAGGAGCAGAGGGGACCGCGGCGACGUCUCUACGCUACUGUUCUGCGCCCUUGGGACCGGCUGCGCGCUCCAGACGUGGCGAGCCAGCCAGACAUCCGGGCUCCUCCGACCAUCCCCGCCAUCGCACACCAGGGCGAGCUCCAGCAGACAUGCAAGGUGCUCCUCGGGGCCCCAGUCGCGGAAAAGCCAAGGCGACUGCUGCUGCCUGCAAGCUCCAAAAGACACCAGACAAUAGCAUUGCUUUUCCCUCUUUCCCUUUAG